GCAACGAAGCUGCUUUGUUGGGGGACCUCAAUAUCAGCAUUGAUAAUUAAGUUCCAGGAGGCAAAAGAAUUUUCUCUGACCUUUUAAAAAACUGAACUCAGAAGAUCAGCAGCAUACAAGGAAGGUGCUGGAGGGUGGCACCAAGUCAGGCAGUGCUGGUUGCUGCUGCCAUGGAGGGAGGCGGAGCGGAGAAGGUGGAGAGGGUAUGUAUGUGGAGGUGAAUGACAUUUGGCACCCUGCCUCAGACAAAUGAAGUGUUAGCAAUGCAGCCAUCAGAGAAAUAUUUGUUCAAACACAAGGGGAAUUAUUUCCAACCAGAUCUGGUUACAGCAGAAUAUAUUGAUUCCCUGGAGGAUUUUGAAAUCAGAGACAGCGAUGUAUUUCUAGUCACUUAUCCCAAAUCAGGAACAAUAUGGUCUCAAAACAUUUUGAGCUUGAUUCAUCAUGAAGGUCACCGAGAUGGAACUGAAGAUACAGAUUUAUUAGACAGAGUCCCAUUUCUGGAGUACAAUAUCCGCAAUAUGGAUUUCGACAAGCGCCCAUCGCCUCGUCUCUUUUCUAGCCAUCUGCCCUACUAUCUAGUACCAAAGGGGUUACGAAAUGGAAGAGCAAAAAUUAUUUAUGUAGCGAGAAACCCAAAAGAUGUAAUGAUCUCCUUCUACCAUUUUUCCAAAUGUGCAGUGAAAUUUGAAGAAGUAGAAGACUUUGGUGUGUUCAUGGAGCGGUUUUUAUCUGGCAAAGUUCUUGAUAGUUUAUGGCUGGAUCAUAUCGAAGGCUGGUGUGCUCACAGGGGUGACUUCAAUAUCCUGUUCCUAACCUAUGAAGAAAUGAAGAAGGAUCUGGGAAGUGCUGUACUGAAAAUAUGCAACUUCCUAGGAAAGAGGCUGUCUGAAGAAGAACUGGCCGAUGUUGUGGAGAAGGCUGGAUUUGAUAAAAUGAAAAUGGAUCGCAGAACAAACUAUACGACACUCUCCACUGAUAUCCUAGAUUUCAGUAAAGGAACUUUUCUUCGCAAAGGUACUGUUGGAGACUGGAAGAAUACAAUGACGGUGGCACAGAGUGAACGCUUUGACAGCGUUUUUAAGGAGAGGAUGGACAAGUUGCCCUUCAAGUUUUGCUGGGAUAUCAAUGAUGAAUUAUGAGGACACGACCAUGUUGAAAGAGAACAUGAAUUCAUGCUUUGUAUAAAUUUAUGCCAUGGAUGAAUAAUGCAUACUGGGAUCUCUAUAUCAUACACUCAAAAAGAAAUAAGUCAACCCCUCUAUAUAUUAAUCUAUAACAAACACUGUUGAUAUGGGUGUCCUUUGUGUUGACAUAAGAAAUCACAUAAAUCCAACGACACACUCAACUUCUAAUGGAAUCAAUAAGAUACUUCAUGAAGAUACACUUGUGAGGAUAAUACUAUCCAUAUUAUAAAAGUUAAUACAAUAUAUAUCGUACAAAUCCACAACGGUAACCUGCUGACCUCCAUUUUGUUGUUAAACUUUGUCAAGUGGAUGACAAUCUUAGAGAAAUUAGAAAGCUUCAAUGCAACUUGAUAACACUUGCGGUAUUAAUCCAUAUCUUCCACUGAUGUGUAGAAUCACCUCUGUUGCUUCAGGAAGAUAUACUAAUACAACCAGCUUGCAACAGUCUAAUGGAAACAGAAAUUCCAUAAGCUUGAUAACACUAAUGAUAUUGAUCCAUAUGCUCUCUUCCAAGAAAUAUUGAAACUCACUUAUAUUCUAGUUAAUGAGCCUAUGCACUAUAUCUCAGAAAUUUCACAAUACAUCUUGAUUCAAAUGACAUAUUAUAGAAAUGUGAAACAAAAAACCUUGAUAAAUGUCACAAUACAUAGAUGCAUCUACGAUAUAGAUAUAUUGAAACAGCCUACAUAGCGUAACAUGAUAAUAAGAUAGAAAACUAUUCAAGCAGCAUCUUCUGUAAUCCCUUAUUAAAUACUUGAUCUGAAAAAACAUCAAAAACUCAAUACAAAAGACAAAAAAAAAUUAAAAAAAUUAAACUGGU